GUCAAACUGCCAUGCGAAAAUGACAAACAGACGUACGGCGAUCAUGAGCUGCGCUGUUCACCCGACAUCCCCAAAACAUCCAACCCGUUCCGCUAUCAUCAUUAUCAUCUGACUGUACCGCACCGGACCGCGGUCUCUUAUGGACGCCGAGCCCGUGUUCUCCCGUUUCCGCAGACCGCAAGAGGACAGCCGCGAUGUGUCGGUGAGCGCGCACGCAAUCUCAGCGCCAUAACACUGAAACAGGAGACCCACGAGUGUGGAUAUGCCCGCGGGGAAACUUUUCAUCGCCUGAUCUCUCGUUCCCUCUCAUUUUACCGCACGCGGAAGCCUCGCCCUAUCUCCCCCAUGAAAAAUACUCUCUGGAGCGGCGCGAUGAUGUCGAGCAAAAGCGCGGAAUGGCUGCAGGAUGAACUGGAGACUGGCGGCAGCUCGCUGCUGCUGCUGGACUGCAGGUCGCACGAACUCUUCGAGUCCUCGCACAUCGAGUCCGCCAUCAACCUGGUCAUCCCGGGGCUCAUGCUCCGGAGGCUGAAGAAGGGCCACCUGCCCAUCCGAUCCAUCAUCCCCAAUAACGAGGAUAAGGAAAAGUUCGUGAAGCGCUGCAAGACGGAUACGGUGGUGCUGUACGACGAGGCGACGACGGACUGGCAGGAGAGCGGAGCUUCGGGCUCCGUGCUGGGGCUCCUCAUGCAGAAGCUGCGGGAUGACGGCUGUAAAGCCUUUUAUUUGGAAGGAGGAUUUAACAAGUUUCAAAGCGAAUACCCAGAGCACUGCGAGACUAACUUGGACUGCUCGUGUCCAAGCAGCUCUCCUCCCUCAUCCGUCUUGGGACUCGGAGGACUCCGGAUCAGUUCAGAUUGUUCUGAUGGAGAAUCCGAUCGGGAACCAGGUAGUGCCACAGAGUCGGAGGGCAGCCCCUUACCCAACAACCAACCAGCCUUCCCCGUCCAAAUAUUACCCUACCUUUACCUGGGCUGUGCCAAAGACUCAGCCAACUUGGACGUUCUUGGCAAGUACAACAUCAAGUACAUCCUGAACGUAACUCCCAACCUGCCUAACAUGUUUGAACACGACGGAGAAUUCAAGUACAAGCAAAUUCCCAUCUCUGAUCACUGGAGCCAAAACCUGUCUCAGUUUUUCCCUGAAGCCAUUUCUUUCAUAGAUGAAGCUCGUUCCAAAAAGUGUGGCAUCUUGGUGCACUGCCUAGCAGGCAUCAGUCGCUCGGUCACCGUCACGGUGGCGUACCUGAUGCAGAAGCGCAACCUGUCGCUGAACGACGCCUACGACUUCGUCAAGCGCAAGAAGUCCAACAUCUCGCCCAACUUCAACUUCAUGGGGCAACUCUUGGACUUCGAGAGGACACUAGGGCUCAACAGCCCCUGCGACAACCGCACACCCAACGACCAGCUCUUCUUCACUACGCCAACCAAUCACAACAUGUUCCAGCUAGACACGCUGGAGUCCACAUGAAGGCCAGCAGAGGAAGCCGGGUGGGAUCGGCCACCCUUUGAAUGUUUAUCUCUCAUCUCCAGGGGAGUUUUUCACCUGGAGGAGCAGGCCAGCAGCAAUGGCGAAGUGUGGAAUGGACACGGGAUAGCUUUUCACGCAGGUGUCGCUCUCAAAGGCGAACCCGAACCCUUUGAAGCCCUGCAGCUAUUUCAGUGGAUUGUAAUGCAGCUUUUCUUGCCUUUAUGGAACUGACUGUUCUAUUUUUGUCCCGGUUUGAUAAAAGAGAGACUUUUGCACAGCGCUUGAUACAAAGAGAGUAGAGCAGAACUGCCGUCUUGUGGCAUGGAUGCCUACGACCUCCCGCUUUUGAAGGGUGCCAAUGUACUGACUGGUAUUUUUGUUUCGUAUUCGGAUGAAAAUCUGUCUCUGCAGAGUUUUUGUUUUCUCUAAUUAAAGACAAAAACACACCAUCAAAGAGGUGCACAAUACAUUCAAUACACGCAGUCUGUCCGUUUCUAUAUAUUUGUAUAUUUCCUCACAAAGAUCGCAAACACAAUUGUACACGCGUCGUGUAGUUCCUUUGAAACAAAAACAAACAUUGUGACCCCUCCCCCCUCGGUAGGAACCUCUGGGUUUUUUUCCUACAUUUGCAAUGACCUAAUGCGCUUUGCACAGUGGUGAAGCCUUUCACUUCUUGGCACUUAAAACCGGUACUCCAACACACAUAAAGAGACAUUCAGAGGUCCCCCGGAGCUGCCAGUUCUAGGCUGCGACGAGGCCGCGCAGCUGCGCGCCGGAAAGGAACAACGCACUUACUCAAAGCUCAUUGUUCCAGAUCGACGCUUUCGGCCCUCGCUAGGAGUCCCAAUUUCCUUGUUUAAAAGUGUUCGCUAGGGUUCAUUCACCUUCUGGCCUUGGUGUUUCUGAUUACAGUAUGAAAAUAUAUUGUAUUCAUCUCUAAAUAAGAGUAUAUCUAUUCACUCUAUGUAUUUGGGCAUGUGUUCCUCUCGAGAUGUCGGUAGAUGAGCAUCGUUUGUUGAGAACAGUUUUUUUAACUACUAUUGCUGCUCCCGUGUGGCGUCGCCGGCGGGGUGGUUAACAGUGUGUAGCGAGGGCGUUUCCGUGGAAACGUGCGAUCGGACCCGAGCGGACAAGUGCUUGAGUUAACAGGGUUGCUUUAAGCUGGCCUUAUAUAACCUUUUUAAUUCUUUCCUACUCUGACUGUUCAAUACUAUUUGUAUCUCACUUUACAAGUCGUUGUAUUCAAAAGCGUUUGUUCAUUUUGAACGGAAUCGUUAUGUAGUAAUAAUAGACGACUAAUGGUCUUUAACGGGUCAUUCAAGGUUGUAUUUGUUACUCUGCAAUAUACUCAACAACCCUUUGCAGUAUUUUCUAGAAAACGGCCUCGGGUUUUUGAUUCCACUUUUUUUACUAGAAAUCCACAGGAAUAACGCUUUGUUCGCUUCGAACUCGAAGUGGCUUUUCUCCCGGGGUGUCUAAAGUACAGGGCUCGGCAUUGUGCGUACGUACAUGCUGGGUGAAUUCAUUUGAUUAUGUAGCACUUCGCAUUACGUCCGAUUCGAUGUUUCACACAACGCUCUAUAUGCCGACUCCUGUGGCCUUUUCGUGUGUCUGAAUAUAUAUUUUGCGCAGAUAUGCAACAGCCGUCUUCAUAAAUCAUUGUGGAUGGCUAUUUAUCGUGCUCGAAACGACUUCAUCACCCAGUCUCAAUAACAAGACACGAUAUUCUCAAGUCACCUUUCAACUCUUACACUCCGGGAUUGAAAGGCACUUCGUUUUGGAGCUUUUUGGUUCGUUUAGAUGUAAAUCUUGAGUUCAAGCUGCUUCUUGUGGAGGAAUGUUUGUAUCUCUAACAGUGGGAGAGAGAAAUCUGUAAUGUUUUUCUCUGUUUGUAUAUUUGCCAGAACACAGGAACACGUUUUUCUGUGGAUUUUUCUUGUAGCUACACAACAGUAAGGACAGAGUGAAUAAGGAAAUGUAUAUCUUACCUCACUGAGGAAUUUUUCAGGGAUUUUUAUUUGACAAUGCGACGGCAUCGUGUUACAGCUUCAAAUGUCAAAGAGCUGUUUUAUAUGUGCUGUAUACAUUUUUUUAAAGAUACAAUCUAUAUAUGUGUAUAAUACUGGGCUUGGUAACCGGGCAGUUAAAUUCUCUGGUUUAUGAAGGAUAUAAAAUUGUCCCUAUGUAUUGUAUAGUAUAUGAAAACCAAUACAAGACUUUGUACUGCAAAUAAAUAUUGAAUUAUUUUUUGGUUA